AUGAUAGCAAGUCAGGCAGCCCAGAAGUCAAUAAUAAAGCAGAUGACUGCAGCCGGAAGCACGACCGAUGCCACUACGGGGACGAUCACCGGUACGCCUAUGCCCUUCAAGCAGACCGGCCAUAAUAACAUGAAGCAGCUAAUCGAGGCGUCGCAGCAGCUCGUCCGGAACGCAAGGGAGAUCAACGGCAAGGCCGGCCAGGUCUCUAUUACACUGGUCUCGGCGACGGAUCGCGUGCUCCCAUCCCUUAAGCGAGGCGGCAGCACCCCUGCUAAACAGUUGCUGGAGCAAAAGAAGGUCAAAGUGAUCACCUCGCGGCGGGUUACUGGCGUGGAGGAAGCGACGCCUAGCGACGGCAACAAUAAAUCGUGGACUGUCUCCCUGGAUAACGGGGACAAGCUAUCCGCGGGCCUCUAUAUCCCCACGACGGGCGUGCUCCCCAAUAGCAGCUUUAAACCGGCUCAGUUCCUCGACAAGGAUGGCUGGGUGAAGGUUUACAAGGAGCUGCGCGUUAGGAAGGUCUACGACCAGGGCGGGGCGGUUAUGAUGGUGGUGCCUGUGGGCAAGGCUGGGGUUACCGGCCAGCUGUUCGGCAUCACGUCGUGGAGCUUUGUGGUGCGGAUGAUCAAGGGCAAAGAUUUCUUUGUGAGCAAGGCAGCGUCGCUGGUUGGGGCAAAGUAA